AAUUCCUUAUGGCUGAGCCGGGCCGGCAUGAACAAGAACUUCAAGCCCGAACUUGAUGUCAGGCCCAAACAUACUCCCUCCGAGCCCAUUUGGGCCCGUUUCCGAUUUCGCACCUGUUCGAUCCUCAUUCUCUUCUAGGGUCUCCACACCUGAUAAUGCAAUUCCUUUUUUCCUUCUCAUGGCGUCUCCAAACCCUCACAGCUCGCCGCCGGUCGCCGUUGACCAACGCCACCUUCAAUUUACUCCGGUCGAUUUACCUCUCACUUCGCCGAUGGCAGAUGCUACUCCUGAGGGUAUUGUGGACUUAACCAGUGUGACUGAAGCAAGCACAGGCGAGAAGCGAAAAAGAGAAGGAAGAUUAAGAUCAAGAGUUUGGCAACACUUUACAAAGCUAAUAAAGGAGGAUGGAACUUGUGACAAAUGCAAGUGUAAUCAUUGCCAUAAAAUUUUCACUUCUUCAACCCGAAGUGGAACAACUCAUUUGCUUCGUCAUAUAAGUGAAGGAAUAUGUCCAGCAUUUAAGAAAGUAAAAAAGGAAAACUCGCCAACAAUUUUCAGCUAUAUAGGUGGUAGCAUAGACCGAAAAGUUGGUAUUAACCCUUGGAAGUUUGAUCAAGAACUAGGUCAAGCAUCUUUUGAACAAUCAAUUGAUGCACAUGAUGACUUGCUACCAAUAGGGUUAGAUGACAUUGAACGUCAAACAUGCACAACGUCAGAAGGUGAUUAUGGCGGCGGCCAAACAUCAAUGCCUGUAUUUUCAAAACUUCCUCAACAACCUGCUGUGAAGUCCCAUCCUAUUGCAGACCCAUGGAUGUCUGAGUUGAAGGCUUGUGUAGGUAAACUCGUUGAACUCACAAACGAACGAGUGUCAAAGCUUAGCACGGAUAUCAAGACUUGUGUGGCUAUUAGCACUCCCGAUCUCUCUAUAGGUUUUGCUGUGAAGUGCUUGAAUGAGAUGGAGGAUAUUCCACAAUCAAGUGCUAUGUAUUUAGAUGCUUUGGACAUCGUAAGGGAUCCAGAAGAAAGAGAGUGUUUCGUUUGUUUAAACCCAGAGCCGCGUAGGAGAUGGCUGCAAAGGAUGUUGCAUCGUCGUUUUCCCUUACGCUACAGCACCGAUGUUUGACCAACUGUAAGUAAUCAACCAGCAAUUGGUAAAUGACAAUCAGCUCCACGUGAAACACAAUCAGCUCGUGGCGGAUCACAACACUUACUAAAGAACAAGGGAGAUAUCUUUUGACAACCGCGCGAGGUCUUUUCAUGAACAGUUAGUUUUACUUGACCAUGCUUGUUAUCAAGCUCUGAUUAUUGACAUAUAUAUUGCCAUGACCUUUUGUUGUACUGUACAAUUUCUGUUGUUUCAAAUGAGGAUUCCAUUCUCGAAAAAAGGUUGGGAAGCUUAAUAAUUGUGUUAUCGAAAAAUAAAAAAUAAAGAUAUUUUCUUUUACUGUUUCUGAAAA